UCGCCCUCCUCCCCUGCCCCGGAGAACGCGGGACCCGCCAUGGCGGCUCCGACUGGGCCUCUCACGCUACGAGCUGUGGUGGAGGAGCUGCUGAGCGAGAUGGCGGCGGCUGUGCGGGACGGCGCGCCGAUUCCUGAUGAGCAUCUGUUAUCGCUGAAAUUUGUCUUCGGCUCAUCAGCUGUCCAAGCCUUGGACCUAGUUGACCGCCAGUCUGUCACCUUAAUCACCUCACCCAGCGGGAGGCGUGUUUACCAGGUGCUUGGAAGCUCCGGGAGAACGUACACAUGUCUGGCUUCCUGCCACUACUGCUCGUGCCCGGCGUUCGCCUUCUCCGUGCUGAGGAAGGGGGACAGCCUUCUGUGCAAGCACCUCUUGGCAGUUUACCUGAGUCAGGUCACAAGGACCUGUCAGCAGCUGAGUGUCUCUGACAAGCAACUGACUGACAUACUGUCAGCGGAGAAGACACAGGAAGCAUAAAAGUACAGACGGAGCAUCACUGACCAUCUUUCACAGUAGAAGUCCUGUCCAGAGACACACGCGCCCUGUCACGCGUGGUUCACGUGGAGGAGACGUGGGCCAGACUUCACGUUAGUGUCCCCUUCCGCCCUGGACUCCAGAGCCAGGGCAUGUAUACAGUAUGAAGCCCUUGCAAAAAAUCCAGCCUCCAAGCCCCAUGAGUAAAAAAUUUCCAAAUGUAA